GUGUGCAGUGAAUGAAGAGCUCUUUAAACACGGCAGUGGAAACUUGUGAAACAUCUGUCAGUCUGUGUGUUAUUCCACAAACUUCUGCUUUGACCUGCAGACCAAACACACACUCCUGUCAGUAACUGCCUGUCAAGAUUUCAUGAAACAAUGGCAGAACUAAACGCCAGCAUCAACGGAUCAACUGGAGGAGAUUAUUAUAUCAACAGAUCAACUGGAGGAGAUAUUAAAGAUGAAUGGAGUCGCCAGAUGAAUGAAUUUCUCAACAAACUUGAUGAUGCACAACAAUUAAUUAUCUGGAUCAUUUCACCCAUCGAGAUUGUAAUCAUGAUCUUAACUCUGUGUGCGUUGUGUGCUCUUCUCAAAUCUCAGCGCUCCACUCCAGUUUUUGUUAUUCACUUGAUUCUGUCAGAUCUCAUUCAGAUCAUUUGUAAAUUAAUAUGGUCAUUCACAAAGUCACGGGAGCUGAAUAAGGCAUAUAUUUAUGGUUUUAUUGCGGGUCUGUAUUUUAUGGCAUGUGUUGCUCUUGAACGAUAUCUUCUGGUUUCUCAUCCUAUCUGGUACAGAACUCAUCAUUCACUGAAAGUCUGCUGUGUUAUUUCUGUAAUCGUCUGGUUUGUUCCUCUGAUCUUUGCAGACGUUAACUCCAAUUAUCUGUUUAGCUCUCUGCCCGUAUCGAUCGCCUGUUUAAUCCCCUACCCGAUAAUCAUUCUGUUUUUUAUCGGCACUUGUCGCGGUCUUUCACGCGCAAUAUCUCUUACUUCUGUAAAGCGCAAAAAGAUUUUGGGCAGUUUGUUUCUGGUGCUUCUGACUUACACUUUUCUCAUUCUCCCCUUCAUAAUCAUGACCUUUUUUAUAAAAUAUAUUGGUUACAGUUCCACUUACGCAAUGUUAUUGCACAAUAUAUUUUGGUAUUUUUCUGAAUAUCUCCUGUUCCUGAACCCGCUGGCUGACUGUGUCCUGUACAUGUUCAUCAGGCCUGAUGUCGGAGGGUUAAUGAAGUCUGUUCACUGCUGUUGUAGAACCGACACACAUCAGGAUUCGACACACACACGGGACGAACACUCUGGAGACAGUAGUGCAGCGUUUGCCUGCUGUGUUUCAGUGCUAAAGCCUGCGUCUCAUUCACGGACCUGCACUUCAGUUUCAACAUCUGCACAUACAUGAAGUCAAUGCCAUUCUGUUCACUCACACACCCUUCCUUUCUAUGGCAUUCAGCUUUAUUAGAGACAACUCUUGAUUCAUCAAACUCUAAACUCAAUUGCUCUGUUUGCGGCCCAUAAAACAAAUGCGGUGAACAGAGUUUUAUUAAAGAUGUGUUGAUGUAGUGUUGAUGCUUCUGCUGGCGUUCGGGAUCAGCAGGACUUUAUCAUACGAUGGAGAGGAGGGGGUGUAUAAAGCACGGUUUAUUCUCACUUCAUUCCCCCAGAUCAACAACAUCAAGUAGUUUCAGCUCGCAGUCUUGCUCGUGUUCCUAAUGCAUGCACAUUAUACUCGUUUUACCAAAUAACUACUAUUCACACUGUUACAAAGAUAGUCCACUCAAAAACUGACAUAAUGUACAUAUACUCUCAUGUCAAUCAAAAGAUGAAUAACUUUCUUUCUUCUGUGGAACAUAAAAGACAAUAUUGUGAGAUUUUUUGUCCAUACAUUAGAAGUCAGUGGACAGUUUCGGGUGAACUAUCCC